UCGGUGCGCUAUAUUCACUAACAUUUUCAACUAUUUGCAACAUUUUUUGAUAUUCUUGUAUCAUAUUCUCGAGAACGCCGGUAAUAUUCAUUAUCUUGGUAAGCUACAUCUGGUGUUAUGAACCUCCAAGUAGCGUAAUUCUACAAGAAAUGUCGAAUAAAACCGCCACCAAGAAGAGCAGAAGAAGAGAUCUUACGAAGACACGAAACCGAGCCGAUAACAUAGCCGGUGACUCUGGUGAAGAAAAUAGCGACGACGAUGGUGGACAUGAUAACACAAUUUCAGCUGGUCACUCAACUGUAGCGGAUGAAUCCAGGGGCCAGCUCCUUGAUAGCACACUGAAGAAAGCUAUUGAAAAACAGAUUGCCCAUUCACUACGUUCAUCGAGCCUGAUCAAACGCCUAGCAGAUGAUGUAUAUGACGUUAUAGCUGCAAAGUUGGAAGAACAAGUUGUGGAUAAGGUGUACAAAGCUGUCAACCUGGACUUGAAGAAGUACAUGGAUGAAGUCGAAACUAUGAAAAAGAAAAUGUCUGAAAUGAAGAAGGAAACGAAAAUGCUUCAAGACGAGAAUGAAGAGGCAGAACAAUACAGCAGAAGAAACUGUCUACGACUUUAUGGCAUUCCUGAAGGACCAGAAGAAAAGACUGACGAGCUCAUCCUGGAUGUUUUUAACAGCAAACUUGGUCUUACAGUUCCACCAGAUGCGAUUGAUCGCAGUCAUCGCAUCUCUCCACGUCCGAGGCAAGGUGAUGAACAGAGACACGAAUCGUCAUCAUACGCAACUGCUUCAAGGAGGAAUCAGCCGAGACCGAUAAUAGUGAAGUUUAGCAGGUACAACAUCCGGAAUGACGUCUACAAGGCGAGAACGAAAUUGAAAAAUGCCAACGGACCGAAAAUAUGGCUAAAGGAGGAUCUCACAGCCAGGCGAGCCAACCUCUUCUGGGAACUUGUCAAUAGCAAGAAGUCUAAGUCUUGUUGGACCCAAGAUGGAAUCAUCUUUGCUAUCAGAUCAAGGGAUUCAAAGAAAAUCAGGAUCAGAUCAAGACUCGACUUUGAGAACUUGGAGGAUUCCUGAUGCAUGGAAAAGGGCUCGUGUAACGCCAAUCUUCAAAAGUGGUGACAAUACUAAUCCG